UCUGUUGUAUUCAGUUCAAAAUGAGAGGGUUAUUGACAUUAUACAAAAUAUGCUCUCAGUCUUCAGAACUUGUGUACUCUUUCAUUGCCUUUGCCUUUAUCUUAGCAUUAACUCAGUAUGUAUCUGAUCCUUCCAGGCCUUUGGAGCCUUUUGGUACCUGUUUGCUAUUGAGCGUAAAGCAAAUUUCCUGCAGAAAAGGUGUGGCACUGAUCCAUAUUGCCCUCGGAUACAUAACCUCAAAUGACAAAACAGCUUUCAAUUUUGGAAUAUUUGAUGAUGCCUUAACUUCUGGCGUUGUCUAUUCAACUGAUUUGAUAUGUAAGCUCUGUUAUUGUUGCUGGUGGGGUCUGCAGAAUCUAAGUUCUUUGGGACAAGGCCUCAAAACUAGUCAGCAUAUAUGGGAAAUUUCCUUUGGGAGCAAUGAUAGGCCUGGACAAUGAUAGGCAAUGAUAGGCCUGGACAAUAAUAAGUGGGAGCAAUGAUAGGCCUGGACAUAGCAUCAACACCAAUGGGUUGCCAUAAGGUACCAACUCCUAAUGGAAACUCUUUCUAUUGAGUCCUGCCAUCUCUUUCUAUUUAGUAUAUCAGCACAUUCGAAACAUGGACUAAUUUUGUCGUGUGUUAGUAGUACUAUUUAAACACUUUUAAAAUCAUUGCAUCAGUGUAUCAAUAGUUUAUCAUAAUUUAGUAUAUAUAAGCACUUUUUAAGUAUUCUUAAUAACCUUUCCUCUGAACUGAAGGCCGUUGAGUUGUGGUCGCC